AUGUCUUCCGAUCCGCCCUCCAAAGAAGUCGUUGCCUCAGAUGGCGCUGCGGCCAACGGCACCACAAACGUCACUGCGAACGGAACUCCAAACGAGAAUAAGACUAGAAAACCAUUUUCGUGGACCCAACCGCAUCCCAUCUUCGUAAUCGUCUUAGUUGGUCCCAAUGAGCAGCCGUUUGGCCUCCAGAAAGACUUCCUCUGCGAUCGCUCUGAGUACUAUCGUAAGCAUUUCGAAGAAAGUGUCACAGAAAAGGCUUUGGAGCACAUAGUGAAGCUCCCGGAUGCGACACCCGAAGUAUUUGGGCUUGUACAAAGUUAUCUGUACACCGGAAAAAUCACAGACGAAAGCACCAACGUCACUUCCUACGAAUCUCUGGUCGGCCUUUGGAAUCUGGGCCAUAAACUUGCCGUCAAGGGGCUAUGUGAGCAUACACUCGAGGCCAUGGUAGAUUGCCGGCGAACUACAGGCCGAAUUCCAGCAACGCCUCUUCUCAUCCAGGUGUGGCGAGAUACUCCUGAGGGUUCAUCCAUUAGAGUUCUCUUGCUGUCCUGGGCGGCUGAGUACAUGAGGUCUUCAGAUGCUCGAGCCGAAUUUGCCAAGUCACUGCCCCAAGAGGUCCUCAGCGAGCUUGUCGUCACAAUGAGCUCGUUUGAGACGAUUGCUCCUCCAGCUCCUGCUGUGGCUCCAGCGGUGCCUGCAGUUACCUCUGUGGCUGUUGUCUCGGCCCUCCCUCCAAGCUCUAUCAAAUCAUCAAAUACUUCAAUUCCAACAAUGCUCAGGAAGAAUGUUCAUUACCUUGACGAGGGCCCAGACGAGGAAACCCUUGCAGCAAAGAAGAAGAAUAGACGAUCCAGCGCAGUGUCGGUCGAUACAGGCUCAUCCCGCAAAACACAUCGCAAGUCUGGCUCUUCCCCACCUCCCAAACCACAGAAGAGGCGCUCGAGCGCAGCCUUGUUAGAGGGCAAAAUAUUCUCAACUCAGCAGAAGCUCGAUUUCUGCGCCGACUUAUUGAACAGAAUGCUCUCUGGGCCAGGCUUUUGGACCCGGCUGGUUGGGCCUUUUCGAGAGCCUGUCGACCCUGUCGAAGACGGUGUGCCAGAUUACUUUGACAAGGUCAAGAAACCAAUGGAUCUUAGCACGGUCAAACAGAAAAUGGACCAGAAACAGUACACAACCGAAGAAGAAUUCCUUGUUGACGUGCGACAAAUCUUUGACAACUGUUUCACGUACUGGAAGAAAGGCGACCCAAUGUGGGCGGCUGGCGAGAGACUGCAACGAACAUUUGAAGAAAAGUACUCUCAUAUGAACAAGUGGAUCGCCAAGCUGGGAGGCGAAGAGGGCGAAUAG